AGUCCACAACACAAGUUACCUGGAGCACUCUUUGGAACCAUUUUCAACUGAAAGCACAUCAAAUUAUAAUAGUUACUACUAAUUUUCUAUUAUAGUUUUGCCAGUCGCCCAACAAACAUUGUAAUACCUGCAGUCUUCGCCUGUUCCACUCAGUCACCCCUUUCCAUUAUUAUCCAUAUAGGUAAAGGUAGCAACGCACAAUCAACAUGUUACCUUUCUGCCAUCUGUGCAACAAAAGCCCAUUACUAUUCAUAAUGUCCCAGGAGUUGUUUUCAUUUUUAAAAUAGGAUUUGUAGAAAUAGUACUAUUUCAUUCAUCUAUAUCUACAUGGUCCAAUAUGGUAGCCAUUAGCCAUGUGUAACUAUUUAAAUCUGAGUUAAUUAAAAUUAAAUAAGAUUGAAAAUCCAGUUCCUCAGUCACACUAGCUGUAUUUCAAGGCUGAUGGCUACCACGUUGGCCAGGGCAGAUACAGAACGUUUCCAUCACUGCAGAAAGUUCUGUUGGACAGUGCUGAUCCAGAUCCUUACCUAGAAUCUAUCUCUUUGAAGAUGGACUAGAAAGAUCUCACUAUGUUAAUUUAAACAACUCAGUGUCACAGGACAUUUCUAUUUUCGAUUUUAAUUAGCAUUUUAAAAUAGGAGAAAUCAGACCUAAACUGUUGUAAUAUCUGUACUUUAUCUCUGUUUUUGGUCAUGCUGCUUGCCUGAUAAAUAAGCCAUGUGUGUACUUUGUUGUUUUUGCUUUAACACCAUAAGGAAAACUGGCACAGUCUUCAGUCUAUGCUGUAGACAGGACUUCUUUAUUCAAGAUAUUAAUGCAGGCUUAAAAGAUGAAACAGAAAUACCUGAACAAUUGGUUCCAAUUUCUUCUCUCUCUGAAGAGCAGUUGGAAAACUUAAUUAAGAAAUUGAAAAAAGCAAGUGAAGGUUUGAACUCUACACUUAAAGAUCAAAUUAUGUCCCAUCCAGCAUUGCAUGAUGCCCUUAAUGACCCUAAAAAUGGUGAUUCUGCAACCAAACACCUGAAACAGCAGGCUUCUAUUUUAGGUAACAUUGAAAAAUUAAAGUUACUUGGUCCAAGAAGAUGCUUUGUUGAGUUUGGAGCAGGAAAGGGAAAAUUAUCUCAUUGGGUUGAUAUUGCCUUAAAAGAUGCUGAAAAAGUUCACUUCAUCCUAGUAGAAAAGGUGACCACAAGAUUCAAGGUGGAUGGCAAACACAGAAAGAAAAAUUCAGUGUUUGAAAGACUUCAAAUUGAUAUUCAACACUUGUGUUUAAACAAGAUUCCUUUGCUAAGCAAAGAAAAACUGCCUGUGGUAGGAAUUGGAAAGCAUCUGUGUGGUGUGGCAACAGAUCUUGCAUUACGAUGUUUGGUUGAAACCUAUGCUGCCAGUUGUGAGGAAAGGAAUGAAGAGCCUUUAGCCAAACGCAUAAAGAAUGAUAAAACAGAAAAAGAAAUUAACACUUUGGCCAAGGAAGGAAAUGAAAAAAAUGUCCCAGAGAAGUGGACCCCUGUGGCUGGCAUUGUUAUUGCACUCUGUUGUCACCACAGGUGUGAUUGGAGACAUUAUGUGGGCAAAGAAUAUUUCAAGGCUCUAGGCCUUGGAGCAGUGGAAUUCCACUAUUUCCAGCGACUGAGUAGUUGGGCAACUUGUGGAAUGCGGAAAACAUCUUUGGAAGCCUCAAAUAUUACCACAAUAAGAAAAGAUAAUCAGAAUGAUAAUAGUGAAGAGCAUGAUGAUGGGGGAUACAGAAUCACAGAUGACAGCACUGAGAGUUUGUCUGGGUUUCUUACUGUUGAAGAAAAGAAGAAAAUAGGGCAUCUUUGUAAAUUGCUGAUUGACCAAGGCCGAAUUCAGUAUUUACAGCAGAAGGGAUUCAGUCCUGCUCUACAGUACUAUACAGACCCUCUGGUGUCUUUGGAAAAUGUAUUGUUAACUGCUUUACCAAAACUUUCUUCAUUACCAGAAACAAGUGCUUAAUGGAAAAGAAAUUUUGAACAUCUGUCUUCCACCAAAAAAAAUAACAUUUUAAAUUGUAUUUUUAUAUUCAUGAAAAUAUAAUGUAAAUAGCAGAUAAUAUGAACUUUAAAAAGGGUUGUGACCUCAUUGAACUUUGGUAAUAGCUUUUUUACUUUAGAAAUGCAAACAUUAGAGAAUUCACCAAAUUCCCAAAGGAAUCCUCUUCAGCAGGGUCUUGUAUUAUCCAUCUGUAUUUAUAGAGAUUGGUAAAGUAGUUGAACAGUUGACUUGGUUAUCUGAAACACACAUAACACAUCAACAUGUGACUAGCACAUUAACUUUCUAUUUGCAUUAAUUUUGGAAAUUUAUUUUCCUUUGGUUGUAUUUAAUACUUUUUAUUUCCCAAAUUCAAGAUGUAAUGAACAAUUGUCCAUUUGUAACAAGGGCCAAUCUGAGAAUUUGGCUUGUGUGUGGAUGUUUCUUCCAUGCAGAUCUGGAAAGGAUAAUCAAUUAUGAUUUUUUUUCUAAUGCAAACAAAUUCAGAGAUGUUCACAAUUAAUGAAUCACCUUCAGAUUUCCAGAGCCAUACCUGUAUUUAUAUAUUAUCAGAAUUUGUCCAUGAAAAACACCAAAACUAAAGAGAUGUUUUUAAGGAAAAAAACUAUUUCACUUCAUUUUUUUAACUGGAUAAUUAUCUAAUUAGAAGUUCCAAAAAGAUAUUUAUAAGCCUGAUUCACAAAUUAAAUUGAAAUCUGCAGAUAGCUUCUGAAGUUAAUUAGGUAUCUCAUAUAUUUUAACAAGCCAUAUUUACAUGUAUAAAUACAAAUAUAAGUAUAUUCUCUUCUGUUUGGGAAAAUAAUUUGGAAUAAAGUGGCAUUUAGAUAAUGAAACCAAAAACCUUCUCACAUUUAGGCCUCAUUUAGUUCAUACGCAGUUUCUAUGCACAAGCAAAUAUUAAACCAAACAUAUGGUAGGACUGUUAUUCUUUUCCACAUCUUAUCCUUGAUUUGUUUCUGCCUUUAUUUGUAAAAAUUGUCUUAGUCAUUGGUACAUUUGCCAAGACCAAGAUCUAGAAUUAUUAAUUUUAGAUAUUAUAAUGAUAUUCUUAGGUAACUAUUUUUAUCCUGUAAUUCUAUGAUUAUAUUGAAUUAUAAAUUAGAAACCUAGCCUAUUUUUAAUUCCUGAUCUUUUGACUAGUUUAAUCUCAGAUGUUUUAUGAGAUUGCCUAGGUUCAAAUCCCAACCCUACCGCUUCUCAGCUAUAUACCUUUGGGCAAGCUAUUUAAUCUCUUUGUGCCUCAAUUUCCUCCUCUUAAAAUGGGGAUGAUGAUGAUGAUACCUACCUCACAAGGUUGUUGUGAACAUCAAAUGAGAUAACAUGUAAAAUGCUUAGAACAGUUCCAAGCACAGAAAAAGUACUCAAUAAAUAUUAACUGUUAUUAAUGGUAGUAAUUCAUGAACAUUUUAAUAAAAUAAUGGGCAGACUUGGUCUUAUUAUCUCUUUAAGUUGUAAUUUUCUUUCUCUUGUUUUAAGUUUUAUGUCGAAUAUUAUUAAAGUAAGGUAAUUUGACUGUUUUUUGAAUUAAUUACUCAUGUCCCUCAAUCAAGAGAACAUAAAUGAAGAUAACACAUCAUUUAAUAAUUAACCUGAUUUUACUGGGUCAGGCAAUGGUAAUUUGCGUCAUACAAUCUGUUUUGCAUCAUUCAACUAUUUAUGCCCAGAAAUAAAAGAUAUUCUGCAACAGGCAUCAUCUCAGUUAUGUUUCAUCAGACAUACAUGCACACGCAAGAAUUACAGUCUUGUGGUCCAUUUAGGUUAGUGAUAUGUUUCUGACAGUGGUUCCAAGUACUUUAUGGAAAGAAAAGCUUGUCCUUCAGCAUGCCAGCCGUAAGUCAAGAUUAUUGUUUUCUCCAGCCUUUUUUAUUUCCCUUAAUACAUCAUGAGAAAGUGACAAUGUGGGAUAUGCGUAUAGCUAUUCCUUGGCCUGCAGAAUUUGCAGGUUCGGUAAACCCUUCCUUAAACUUGAGAGUCAUCUACACAACUACCUCUUCCUGCAUGUCCC